AGUGUGAAAUCAAAAUUCGAAACGGUACAACAAUGGGAGAUUCUAAGAGGCAAAAGACGGAGACGGAGACGAAGAUGGAGAUGGAGAAGGUAGAGAAGAAGGAAGCAUCAGGAUCUGUUAAUUUCGCAGAACUACGCGACGAUCUCUUCCGCGAAGCAGCGAAACUUGUCUCCGAAGAUCCCUCCACCAAAAUCGCCAUCUUCGUUACUCCUCCUCCUUCUUCCUCCGAAUCGGACGUCUCUAUGUUCUCCUUCGGCUUUCCCUCUGUCAAUGGCGUUGUUAACACUUUCCUCGAGAAUAAUCCAGCACCAGUGGAUGAUGCGGAGGAGGAAGAUGAAGACGAGGAGGAUGCGGAGGUUGAGCACCCAAGGUUUUGGUGGGAAGAUACUAAGCAAUUCGAAUCGAUGAAUCCAGAGCAAUUGAACGCUGCGUGUCAGAGGAUGCUGAGGCUGAAGGAACGUUUGAAUCUCGAACUUGACGCUAUGCUGAAAGCUGAAGCUUCUGGAAAUCAAAAGGAUCCUCACAACGACAAAGCUGCUGACCCCAAAACCUAAAGGCGCUCUCAUGCAUUUUCAUGUUCUAUCUUUUAGUUUAAUCGUUUUGAUUUCUAUUUCUAUGAUAUUGCCCCAGAUGUCCCAGGAUUGGUUGAUUUGAUCGUCUUAUGGAUUAUCUCUGUUGGUUGCCAAACUAUUAUUCUAUUCUUAACAUCAAUAAAUCUUAUGACUUCC